AUGACACCUUUUUUUCUUGAGUUUAAUUUGCUAGAGCGGUUGACUAGAAUGGCCAAUUCCACCUUCUUCGGGCUGCAUAUUGACGUUCCCGUGGGAGUAUUGGGCGCCAUCAUCGUCGGGCUGACUAUUCUUGGCGGUCUUGCUUCAGGGCUUUUGCUUUGCUUAUUCUCACUUGACACGAAACGCUUAAAUGCUCUUAUUCAACAUGGUCAUACCAAGAGUGCCUGCCAGGCCCGUCGAGUGAUGAUGCUUUUACAUAAAUCGAAGUGGCUAUUAGUUACGCUUUUAUUUCUUGAGGCUGUAGUGGUGGAAAUGAUGCCGCUGGUGUUUGACAUGUUUUUAAAUUCGGUGGCAGCGAUAUUUGUCUCAGUUGGAAUCAUCUUGGUGUUUGCGGAGAUCAUACCACAGGCAGUGUGUAUUCGCCAUGCAUUACAAGUCAGCGCGGCGUUAACGUAUGUAGUCUUGUUCUUCAUGUGUCUAACCUCGCCCAUCACCUGGCCUGUUGGGAAGUUGCUUGACUUUGUUCUCGGGGAUAAGGAGUCUGUCUUUCUGGGACGCACGGAGCUGCUGGAGCUCAUCCGUCUGCAAGAGGAAAUUCGAAACGAAAAACGCAUCAGAACCAUGUCUUCCAUGGCGGUGAAAGACGCCUCUGCUGCUGAAGACGAGGACACCGAGUUUUUACCGGUGGAGUCAACUAUUAUGUUGGGCGCGUUGGGAAUGUCGGAAAAUACGGCUCGCGACGUCUUGAAACGUGGUAUUGCUUCGGUAUACAGCCUACACUGUGACGUUCGCCUAACAAAGCAAAUGACCGAGGACAUUUUUGCCAGGGGGCUUCAGUUUAUUCUUGUCUACAAUGAUCCAAAUGACCCAACAAAUGUGACCAGUGUACUUGAAACCAAGGCGCUCAUAUUGCUAAUUUACUGUCAAGGGGCCGAGUCAGUGCCGCUUGGGGAACUUCCCCUACAUGUAUUGCCUCGGUUCCCAGCUUCAACGCUUUGUAGCGAGUUGUUUGAGGCCUUGCAACACAUGUUGAUUCAGGUUGUCGCCAUCGCCGACGACAAGGGCCGAGUGCUUGGAGCGUUGACAAUGCAGGAUGUUGUGGAGUAUGUUUACAAGAUCUCAUUUCAGGCGGAAAUGGAUCCCAAGGCGCAGAUGCCCUUUCAAAGGAGAGUGCAUUCCUGGAAAAGGUUGUGUGAGGUGCGUGGGGGUUACGCAGCGGGUGGCAGGCACGGCUUAGCUCUGCCUGGGAGACGAGGCGCAAGAACCCCUUCAAAUGACUCUUCACUCUACAGUACGCCUCUCCUCCCAUGCCCUGCUUCUCGACAGGAUGCGCUGCACCCAACCAACUUUGCAGCCCAGCUAACAGGUGACAACCCACACACGCACGGUGAGCAAGCGAAGUAA